UUUAUUAUUAUACAUUUUUCACACAUACUUUUCUCAUUCGCUCUCUUCACAUGUAAAAUAACAUUCUGAGAGUUUAAAGAAAUGUCAAUGAAAAUUAAGGGUUCCAUUUUUUUGGGACACCUAAUUUGCAUUAAAAUACCUUCAAAGUUUCAAAAUGUUGUUUUUUCUCAUAAGCACCACUAAUGUGAAGAGAGCGAAUGAGAAAAGUAUGUGUGAAAAAUGUAUGGUAUCUACGUUCUUGUUGCUUUAUUCAAACCUAAAAAGCAAUGAACGGAGAAAUUUUUGACCGUUGUCACCUCUUAUGCGAUAUUGUUUUUAUUUUCUUCUAUUGGUUUCUUCAGAGUCCAAACUUCAGACCAUGAUGAAUUGCCGUAUGGCUUUAUUUUUUAGUUUACUUCCAAAUACAUUUCAAAUGAAUUGUAUCCAUCGUUUUUGUUAUUCUCUUUUCAUUUUAUACACUUUUUAUUUUGUUUAUUGUUGUUUUUAUACUGAAGAACAAAUAAAAAAAAUAUUCAAUGGAAAAAAGACAUCGACUACCUGCUAUUUCACAAGCCGCCUAAUUUAAACGUAUUGACAUACUUUUUUUGUGUACCUGUGCCUUUUUUAAGAGUUGCAGGAACAUCGUUUAGUUUAGUUGUGAUGGUCUGCCCGAGAACAUUUAUUUUGGAAUAUUAUUUUUAUCAAACAGUGAUUGCAGCGAUUUUCUUAACAAACAUGGUCAACAAGUAAAAAUUCAUUUUCUUUUAUGAAAGCAGUUGCUUAAAACAAUUUUAUUCCUAAGCAAUUAUAUUGAAUAAACGGAAUGUUUUUGAUUUGUCAGUGAAUAGAUAAAAGUUUUUCAUGCAUUAUUCAGUAAUUUCAUCAAAUGGUUUUGAAUCAGAAAUCCCUCUGCUCAGCUAUAUUUUAAAUUAUUUAAAUACAUUUCUUGUAAUUAUUACUAUAUAUUUUCAUUUUAAUCAUUAUAAUUUCAGACAACUUUUGCUGUUGACAUCAUUUUUCUGUGUGAUUUCAUCAAUACCACCACAUAUGAUCGACAUUCCUAAUCAUGAUUAUCAAAUUUUGUCAGCAAUCGACAAAAUAAAUAGUAGGUGUAAAUGCAAACACUUGGAAGAACUCAAUUUUUCAAAUAAUACACUGUUCGCGUUACCAGGUCGUUUCUUUUCCAAUUGCUCACAAUUAAAUUCCCUAAUCCUAUCAAAUAAUAAAAUCAUGGAAAUGGCAAAUGACACGUUUGAUAAUCUUUUCGAAUUGAGGCAUUUAGAUUUGUCAUUUAAUCGUAUCUCCGCGUUUCCUAAAGAUAUUUUUAAAUCAUUAAUUAACAUAUGCAUUUUGCUAUUAAAUGGUAAUCGUAUUCAAGCAAUUGAAUCGGAUCUAUUUUAUUAUAAUCAAAAUAUGUGGCGAUUAGACUUAAGUUUUAAUAACUUGCGAAUCAUUCAAUCGGAAACAUUUUGCACUCUGAAAAAUCUUUACUUUCUGGAUGUGUAUAGCAAUAAAAACCUAAAUAGCAUUAAUUUAACUUGUGCGUACGUAAAAUCAUUGGAUGUGUCAGAUUGUGGCCUAACUCAACUUUUUGUUCCACCGAAUAUGCACAAAAUAAGUGCAGACAACAAUCAAAUUGAUUUCGUCGAUGCCCAACCAAAUAGUAAUUUAAAACAUUUAUCAAUGAGUUACAAUAAACUGACUAACCUAUCAAUGUUAUCGCCAUUGGUCAAUCUCGUCUUUUUAGAUAUUGAACACAAUUUAAUUAAUUAUAUCGAUUUUACUGAUCUUUCCAAUCUAAAAGAUUUAAAGUUUUUAUAUUUUGAAUUAAAUCCAAAUCAAAAAAUUAGCAUUGCGGAUAUCAAGCAAAUUCUUCCAUUGAUUCGACAAUUGCACAUAAUCUCUCCUAAUUUGAGCACUGAAAGAAAAAAUCAAAUUUUAUAUGACUGUAAGCAAUUCAAACUUGAUAUUAAUAUUAAUGGUGAGGUAUAUUCACCUUUCCUCGAAUUGCUGGCAUCCCUUGAAAAGAAGAAAGCUACGGUAGCAUGUUAAAAAAUCAUAAAGGCCUCAUAUCGAAAAGAAUAUAGUAAUAGGGGGGUACCAUUUUACAUUUUGAUCUUGACAUAUUUAUUAAGAUUUUUUUAGUUAGCAUAUAUAAUUAGCUCAAUUUAGCUCGAAUAAAUAAAUUAAGUAAGAGAAAUGAAAACAACAUAAUGAAUUACAUAAAUGGUUUGUUGAUUUUCACGCCAAUUUAACAGAAUAAUGCACGCCAGAAAGUGUAUGUUAAGUUUCUUGUGAUACAGUGUAAACAAAUAAGUACGUGUUUUUUUGAAAGUCCCGUCAAAAUAUGCUGAUUCAGAAGUGGAACACAAAAACGUCUUUUACCUUGAAAGAGAAAAUGAGAAAUGUGUCAUGUCUUUGUAAGCAACUUUGAAGCUUAGUUUUUGGUAAUUAAAAUUGAACAUUUUAAUCAGUCAUAUUUGAGGUGUAGCCGUCAUUAGCAGAAGAGAAUCAUGAACAGAAUAAAAAUAGUGAUCAUGUUGCUGUGCAUGAGCUUACAGGGAACAGUAAGUUGGGAAGAACAGUUGAUGCAGCCCAUACCAGAAUUGUGGCAGCAAAUCCAAGGAAACAAAUUUUCUGAUUCUGUAGCAGUUGACAAAUUAUUUGAAGAAUUGGCAACAUGCAACGCACAUUAUGUUCCUGUUAUAAAAACCAAAGAAACGAAUGAACGAGUUCCCAUUAUGAUUGAUAGUUGUUAUAUCUAUUUUAAAAAAUUCGCUGGAAUCUAUGAUAAAAUACAACGCCUCAAAAAUUGCAAAGCAGCGAGGAACGCACUACUUCAUCGCUACUCCUUAUUGUUGGAAGUUUAUGCAAACUCCAAUUGAUUGUAGGCUUUAUGAUAUAUCAAAAAAUGGUGAUUUUGCACUCAAAAGAUGUGUUCAAUACUACGUAACACAACAGGAUCGCCCAGAGCAGAGAAUAAUUGACGCACCUUUGCUUUUCGGAGAGGAUCUUCUCGAACCAUUCGAGUUGUUUGCUCAUUAAAAGAAUAAUAUAUAUUUUUUGAACUUUGACUUCUGCGCCAACGCUCUUGAAUUCCCAUUCAGAUAAAAUCUUCUUCUAUUAAAUUUAUAAUAUAAAGUUCGAUGAAUGCGUUUUGAUUACAAUAAUAGAAUUUUUGUUUUUCUCUAAAUAUAUGUGUGAGAAUAAUCGUAAAAACC